UUUCACCUGUUGGUCACCGGAAAAUGCUUCCUGUUUAUGGCUGAUUGCUGCAACGAAUCAUUACACUGUCAAUUUUUAAAAUAAACUUUUCAGCUAUAAAAUGAAAUGAAUUACCUAUUGAACGAUGUAUGCACGAUCUACAGAUACGUCGGAGUUAUAUCAACGUUAUUGUUAAUAAUGACAAUUUAAAAUAGAAUCUACGCUCCGUUUAAUACUUGGUGCUUGAAUUUAAUGAAAUGAAGCAGGCUAGAUAGCUCAGUUGUCCGUUUCUGAAAUCCGGUUUCUCACGAGAAAAACAUCACUCCACGUGUGAAAUGAAUGAAGAAAGUGCCUUCAAACGUUUGAUCAAACUCACUCAGGACGGUCAGUUGGACCUGAUCAAGAAGGAAAUCGAAGAGAAUGAAACGGUUCUGCACUCCAUCAAGAAAAAACAUUUUGGGAAAUCGGGCGAUACGCUGUUGCAUUACGCAGCCCGACAUGGACACUUAAGUGUUCUGAGAUUUUUUGUGGAAGAUGCGGGGAUGGACGUGGAACUCUACAACCACGAUUACAAGAGGGCUUUGCACGAAGCCGCGUCCAUGAGUCAGGAACAGUGCGUAUCUUAUCUCAUCGCCAAAGGAGCCAAAAUAGACCCACUGAAAAAGGCUGAUUGGACGCCGCUGAUGAUGGCGUGCACCCGGAGCAGCGUGCCCGUCGUCAGCGCGCUGCUGGGCCACGGCGCCAAUCCGGCGCUGCAGAACAAAGACGGCUGGAACAGCUUCCACAUCGCCUGCCGAGAGGGCCACCCCGCCGUCGUACAGCGCCUCCUGGAGGCCAGUCCGGGCGUGUGGUGCACAGAGAGCAGGACCCUGAGAACGCCGCUGCACACAGCAGCUCUGCACGGCUGUGAAGAUGUGGUUCGCAUCCUGUUAGACAGAUGUGGUUACCAGCCCGACUGCAGGGACAGCUGUGGAGUCACUCCCUUCACAGACGCUGUGCGGACCGGAAGCGUCGCGGUCGCCAGACUGCUCCUGGAUAAACAUCAGGCCUCCCCAUCUGCAGCAGAUUGCCUUGGAGCUCAGCCGCUGCAUCAGGCCGCCCUGACUGCCCAGGAGGGGGCGCUGCGCUUCCUAGUGGAGGAGCUGGGUGUGGAUGUGAACUCCAGAGCCACCGACAUGCAGCUAACGGCCCUGCACUACGCCGCUAAGGAAGGUCACGCGAGCACGAUAAAAACCCUCCUGGAAUUAGGAGCCGACCUUCAUGCAAGGGACAGAAAAGGAAGGACAGAAAACCCCAUUUCUGUCCCAGCCCUCCACUCGGCCUGUGCGGGACAGCAGGCGGACGCCACACAAGCUCUCCUCCUGCUUGGACUCCGGGACACGCAGGACGCCUCCGGGACGACAGCCAGUCAGCUCGCUAGGAAGCAGGACGUGCUCGCGGCCUUCGACUCCCACGCCCCGGAAUCCUAACGCGUCCCCACAAGCCGUGCCCGCCCACCGCAGUGGGCGCUGGGUACCCGGGCACAGACGCUGGCAAAAAACCUGCAAGGCGGCAUGAAUUCAUAAAGAGGGGUUUACACUCAGCUGUGCUUGAACCAAAGUUGUGGACGCUGUCCAUUAGUACUGGGAGAAACUGUAUCUUUUAAAAGUGAUCUAUACUCCCAGUCUGUUCUUGUUUGAACUCCACAAUUCACAGUCAAGCAAUCACAUGCAUAAGCAAUCGAAAAUUGCUGCAACUGCUGACGUGUAAAUGCCAAAGAAAGUAAUGUAAUAUCAUUAAUUUCACUGGACUGGUAUGUACCAGUCCAUGCUUGUACAGGCAGUUCCCCGUUUCAAUAACUUGAAAAUAAAAGAAAUGCAAAAUCCUG